CUUUAGUAUUAAAUCACCCCCAAGUUCCUUAACCAUGGUUAAGGUGUGUUAGGUGGGUUUGACCAGUCUGGUUUGGUAGGCUGUAUAUUGGAGAGGUCUGUUUAUUAUUUAACCCUUUUUUUUUCAAUUUCAUUUAUUAUUUAUUUAAUGUUAAUAAUUAAAUAUGUAUAUUUUGCUUUGAAGUCUCCCAUAUAAAAACUCCCCCUUUCUUUCUCAUUUUCUUCAUAUUAAUUCUUGGAAAGAUUUCUUGCCAAACCUCACCAAGAAACACACCAACCACCAACUCCAAUACACACACAAUCACAUUCUUCAAUUUUCCCUCUAUUUACUCCGCCGGCGAAGCUGAAGCCUCAAAAAGCAUCAGCAAUUCGCCGAACUAACUCCGACCCUGUUUGAAAAAUUCAAUCUUGAUUCUGUGAGCGUUUUGGUGAGAAAUUCGGGAUUUUUUUGAAAUUCCCGGUUGAAGUUUAUUAAUUUAAACUUGGACCCAGUUAGAAAUAAGGAGAAUGGAUUCUGGUUCAGAGAAGCUAUCCCCUUUUGAUUUGAUGGCUGCGAUCUUUAAUGGAGUUAAAUUUGAUGGUUCCAAUGUUUCGGAAUCAGGAGGGCAAGUGCCGCCGUCGGUGGCUAUGUUGCUGGAGAACAAGGAGCUCCUGAUGAUUUUGAGUACAUCAGUUGCGGUUUUGAUCGGAUGUGUUGUUGCAUUAGUAUGGCGGCGGUCGUCGGGAUCGGCCAAAAAACCGUUGGUCCCUCCGAAGCCAAUUGUGCCGAAGGUGGUAAUUGAGCCGGAGGAAGUUGAUGAUGGAAAGACUAAAGUGACCAUCCUUUAUGGAACCCAGACUGGCACAGCUGAAGGCUUUGCCAAGGCUCUCGCUGAGGAAGCUAAAGCUCGGUAUGAAAAGGCCGUUUUCAAAGUCAUUGACUUGGAUGACUAUGCGGCUGAUGAUGAGGAAUACGAGAGCAAGCUGAAAAAGGAGACACUAGUAUUCUUCUUCUUGGCCACAUAUGGAGAUGGUGAGCCAACUGACAACGCUGCAAGAUUUUAUAAAUGGUUUGUCGAGGGGAAAGAAAGGGGGGACUGGCUUAAGAACCUUAACUAUGGAGUAUUUGGCCUUGGCAACAGGCAAUAUGAGCAUUUCAACAAGAUUGCUAAAGAAGUGGAUGACAUUUGUGCUGAGCAAGGCGGGAAGCGUCUUGUUCCUGUGGGUCUUGGGGAUGAUGAUCAAUGCAUUGAAGAUGAUUUUACUGCAUGGCGUGAGGAUUUAUGGCCUGAAUUGGAUAAAUUGCUCCGUGAUGAGGAUGACGCAGCUGUUGCCACUCCAUACACCGCUGCUAUUUUGGAGUAUCGGGUUGUUUUCCAUGAUGGCUCAGAUUCAGUUCAGGAAAGAGCAAACGGACAUGCCAAUGGUCAUGCUGUUUAUGAUGCUCAGCAUCCAUGCAGGUCUAACGUGGCUGUGAAGAGGGAGCUUCAUACUUCUGCCUCUGAUCGUUCUUGCACACAUCUUGAGUUUGACAUUUCUGGCACCGGGCUUAGGUAUGAAACAGGAGACCAUGUUGGCGUGUAUUGCGAAAAUUUGAGUGAGACUGUUGAGGAGGCUGCAAGAUUACUAAACUUACCCCCAGACACAUACUUCUCCAUUCACGCCGACAAGGAAGAUGGUACACCACUUGGUGGAAGCUCUCUGCCACCUACCUUCCCUCCUUGUACUCUCAGAACUGCCCUUGCCAAGUAUGCUGAUCUACUAGGUUCUCCAAAGAAGUCCGCUUUGCUAGCUCUAGCCGCUUAUGCAUCUGACCCUAGUGAGGCUGAUCGCUUGAGACAUCUUGCUUCUCCAGCUGGGAAGGAGGACUAUGCUCAAUGGGUCGUUGCUAGUCAGAGAAGCCUGCUUGAGGUAAUGGCUGAAUUUCCUUCAGCAAAGCCUCCACUUGGAGUUUUCUUCGCCGCAGUUGCCCCACGUUUGCCAGCUAGAUUCUAUUCAAUUUCAUCUUCACCAAGGAUGGCACCUAACAGAAUUCAUGUGACAUGUGCACUUGUCUAUGAGAAAACACCAACUGGAAGAAUUCACAAGGGUGUUUGCUCAACAUGGAUGAAGAACGCCAUUCCUUUGGAGGAAAGUUUUGACUGCAGCUGGGCUCCAAUUUUUGUCAGGACAUCUAACUUUAGACUCCCUUCUGAUCCUAAAGUACCUGUCAUAAUGAUCGGGCCUGGUACCGGGUUGGCUCCCUUUAGAGGUUUCCUUCAGGAAAGAUUAGCUUUGAAGGAAGAGGGAACUGAACUUGGUCCUGCAGUCCUCUUUUUCGGGUGCAGGAAUCGGCAAAUGGACUACAUUUACCAAGAGGAAUUAAGCACCUUUGUGGAAAGUGGUGCGGUUUCUGAGCUAAUUGUAGCUUUCUCACGUGAGGGAGCCACUAAGCAGUAUGUACAACAUAAAAUGGCAGAGAAGGCUUCCGAUAUCUGGAGCUUGAUCUCUCAGGGCGCAUAUGUAUAUGUCUGUGGUGAUGCCAAAGGCAUGGCCAAAGAUGUGCACCGAACUCUCCACAACAUUGUGCAAGAGCAGGUAAUGCUCUUUGCUAACAUGGGAUUCUUUACCCCCCUUAAUUUUUUGGUUGAUUUGCAUGCUCUUUGGUUGGUGGAAGUCCAACCAUAGCCCUGAAACUCAGUUAUAUGGAUUCAUGACUUGUUCCUUGCACGGCCACAAAAGAAAAUCUCUAAUAAAUCAUCUGAUGUCCUACUGUAGAUUUGAAAAGGACUAGAUCAAUAAUGUAGUAAUGUCAUUGCAUCCAUCAUUUUCUGAAAAAAGUUAGUGGCCAGCAAAGUCGGUUAUCACCAUUCCCCACAAAACUGAAAGAAAAGACUACUAACUUGCUUUCUCCACUUGUAUUAAAUGGUCAUACUAUUUAUCAGAGUCUGAUGUGGAAUUGGAUCUAAUGUGACGAGUCUUCACUGACUUUUGUUUCAGGGUUCCAUGGACAGCUCUAAAGCCGAGGGUUUCGUGAAGAAUCUGCAAACCAGCGGAAGGUACUUGCGUGAUGUGUGGUGAUCGCAGUUCCCAGAAGGUCGGAAAAUAAGAAGAAAUGGGGAAAGUUUAUAGGGUGUCUUGGGAAGGCAAUGUGCAAAGAUUUUACCGCCUUCCUCAGCCGGUGUGCUUCCCUAUUCUGUCAUUAUCAUAGCAGUUGUGGGAUGAUCUUAUGAUAAUUCUUUUUUGUUUGCGACGAUUUUUUUGUUCGUGUUAUUUAUAUUCCUAUAUAUAUAUUUAUGAAGUAAAUGUAAUAUGGGUAUACAAAUAAUGAUAUGAGAACAACAACAUUAGUAUUAGGGAAGAUAGGUGGUGCGAUUAGGAAGUCUGUAUUAUUUCCUAGUGAGGGACUUCAUGAGCAAGAAGAAUUUGUUCUGACUGCAAUGUACUGAUUCUGAACUCAAAAAUUAAUAUAUGAUUUUGUUUCAAUUUUCCAUGCC